AUGGAGCUUGAAAACGGCCGAGACCGCGAACCAGCCACGGAGGCGCAUCCUCGUCCCGAGGCGGAGCCUUCAUCGCAACCAACACCGAGUUCCAAGGCCGCCGCCGCCACAACUUGGCUUGGGAAUCUACGGGAGGAUGUGAGCGCGUCCUACUCAGAUCUUCCGAUCCUCGCCUGCUGUGCUGUCUCAGGGCUGUGUGACAGUGUUGCAUUCAACGCUGGCGGAGUGUUUGUGAGCAUGCAAACAGGAAACACCAUCUUCUUGGCUCUAGGGGCAUCCCAACUUCCCGCGGGCGAGCCAACGCUAUGGUUGAAGGCUCUUGCGUCCAUUGCAGCUUUCUGGGCAGGCUGUUUCGCCUUCUCAAAGUCACGACAUCUUCAUCCGCAACGCAAAGCAACAUUGUCACUGUCUUUCUUUGUCCAAGCCGCCUUCAUCUUCGCAGCCGCCGCGCUCGCACAGUCGCGUGUGGUGCCUUCCUUCGCUGGUGCUCUCCUGGGCACUGGAGAAGCCGCUGCUAAAAAUCACGCAAACGACAACGACUCGACCAUCUUUGCGCCGCUCAUUCUGCUCGGGUUCCAAUUCGGUGGUCAGAUCGUCACUAGUCGCAUACUAGGCUUCAACGAAGUGCCUACUAACGUGCUAACCUCGGUGUACUGCGAUCUGUUGUCUGAUCCUAAACUUCUGGCUCCCAUGCCUGCCAACCCAAAACGCAACCGUCGCUUAGCAGCGGUUGUACUCCUUGUUGCAGGUGGGAUCGCUGGCGGCUGGCUACAGAGAAGUCGUGCAGGAAUGAGCGCGGCGUUAUGGAUUGCUGGCGGCAUCAAGUUGGUGAUCGCUGUGGCCUGGCUCGUGUGGAGCGGCAAGAAGCAGGUGCCUCGGAAGUAG